AUGCUGACUUCUUCACUCCUUGGCGGUCUCCGAGCGGCACGCUCCUCUGUCGUGAUCACUAGAAACCUCGCAGCGGCACAGAAGGCCACAGACCCCAUCCAACAGUUGUUCUUGGACAAAAUCAGAGAGUACAAACAGAAGAGUGUUGGCGGCAAGCUCGUCGAGCCCAGCCCUGCUAUUGAAAAGGAACUGAAAACUGAACUCGAAAAACUGGAACGUCAAUAUGGAGGUGGUUCCGGUGUGGACAUGACAGCCUUCCCCAGCUUCAAGUUCGAUGAACCCAAGCUAGACCCUAUCGAUGAAGUUGCCGCCCAACAAAAGAAGUGA